AUGACACUACCGCAAUAUUAUUCAACUGAUAACAACAAUAACCAUAAUACUCUUAUGGAACAUCACAAUUCCCUUCUUGAAGGAUUGCAACAACAAACUCAAUUUGAUUUCGUGACAUCUGCUGGCCAUGUCGAAUUAAUGCCUGAACCACCACCAUAUGAACAAUUUAACAUUGAGUGGCCAAGUAUUCCGAUCCCAAUACCAGCCGAUCCCCCGGAGUUCAUGUUAGGAGGUGGUCAACAGCAAUUGUUUGAACCCGAAGAACAAAGUUUUCUAUUUGAUAAAUUCGUUCAAUAUUUUGAUGUUGAUCCAGGAAAUCAGAAUUUUAUGCUUACGCCAGAAAUGCAAUUUUACCCAUCACAGUCACCUUCAAAUGGUACGACCAAUAAUCAUCUUAUUGCUGAUGGCUCAACUUCGGUUUCUGUGGUUGAUACAAACUCUUCGUCCUCUUCUCAUAUUUACGGGGGAAAUGGAAUAACAAAUCUUGAUGCUUUUCUCAGCUCUAAUUCAACGAGUCUGUCUCCUCGAACUCAGAAUCUUCAAUUAACAACAUCACCAAAGUCACAAAGUUCUCCUGAUUUCAGUAAUAAUAACACCAAUGAUACCAAUCCUAUCACCACAAACACUUCGAUUAAUAAUAACAGUAGUAACGGCGGCAAUGGUAACUUAAAUCGUAAACGUAAACAAGCUGAAGAUGAAGAUCAAAGAUCAACGAGACGUUUUUCACAUCCUCGAGUAUCACCAAUUAAUACAAAAUCUGCAUCUUCAGUACGAAAUGGACAAUCAACAAAUAUUUCAAGACCAAGAUUCACUCCGCCAACUCCAAACAGAGAUUUACCACAAAAAGUAGAAUCCUCUUCUCGAAAACCGUACAAAGAAUUACUCACAGAGGAAGAGAAACGUGCAAAUCAUAUUGCAUCUGAACAAAAAAGACGAAAUACAAUCAGAGCAGGAUUCAAAGAACUCACCGAUAUCAUACCGACACUCAAGAACGUCAAUAAUUCGAAGAGUACGGUAUUGUUUAAGGCGGUUGAUUAUAUAAGAUAUUUGGAGAGACGGAAUCGUAAUCUGAAAGAACGUGCUAAUCUGUUGGAAAUGCGAGUUGAGAUGGAAAUAAGAUCUGGUCGAAGUAUUCAUCAUCCUAGCGCUUAUGGAUUUGGACAUCCCAGGAUGCCAUCAAUGCCAUUUAGUCACGUGAGCCCUACUUAUGGCAUAAUACCGGGUAACAUGAGCCCUACUCUAAUAACUGGACAUCCUGCACAACAUGUUAUGGGUGGACCAGCAACAGCAUCGACACCUUCCCAAUUCUACGAACUUCAUCAUCAACCAAUGGCCACUGAUGCAAAAAUAGCAAUGCCUAUGACAUCAAAUGCGGAUGACAAUGAAUUACUUCAUCACCAUCACCACCUUUCACAACUUCAUCAUCAUGCACCUAACGGUGCUAAAUCAAGGUCGCUGCGGGAAAGCGGAAAUGAUUUAGAGACAAAGAUGAAACAACUUGCCCAAAAACAAUAA